UGCACUCUAUUAAUGUCUCAAUUAUAAACUAAAAAUCAUGAGAUAAAAAAAUGAUAAGUAGAAAUACUUCUCUGAAGGAAUAAACAAAUACCUUCCCUAUUGGAUAAGUCAAUAAAAGUCAAUGGAAAUUCAUUUAAACCAUCAAGAAUACCGGUCAACUAACAGUGAAAAAUUCACCGCGCUUUUGUCACCUCCGCAGUCGAAAAAACCAGACUCGCUCGUCAGUCUUCCGUGAACACGAAAAAGUAAAUGGAUCACUAAUUUCCAUUUAUUUUUUUCCAUUCCUGGUAGUUCAAUUUCCCGUUUGAGAGCGUUUGAGGGCGGAAAAAAAAAUUAUUGAAAGCCCUUUUGCCUCGCGUCCCCGGCUAAUUGAGUUGGCCCUCGGUUGGGGGGUGGAUUGGGGGUGUCAACGGGUGCGUGUGCGCAAAAGAAUUGCUGCAUGCGCUGUUGCAAUGUACAUAUAGUUCGGUUGUCAGCCGUUUAUCAGUCCGGCGCCACAAUCCUGAGAGACCUCCGCACAGUCCCUCCGCAUGUUCGAAACCGGCUAGGUUUCCUCCCCUCGUUGGAUUACGUCAAUUCUUGUGCAUUAUGGUGCUGGCAGACCCCAUAGCCGACCCGACCCACCGUGACACUCUUCUGAAUGGCAACCCUGAAUCAAUCGUGAUAUCCAACUUCUCGGACAACGAGAUUGUCACCUACUCCCUGGUGCUCCUGCGGGGUAAGGCCCCCCUGCUCUGUUCCUACAUAAACAUCAGAAGCCGGAAGAACACAGUGGCGGAAUGGCCGAUCGUGGGGGGUGAAUUCCGGAUCCUGGUGGAUCUCUCCCGGGGUGAGAACAAGCUGGAGCUUGAAGCCGGUGGCAUAAAACGUCGACUUACUCUCAUUCACGAGCCACGAACGAGCCGAUUGCGUGUCACCCCGGUCUACGUCGUCUGUGCAGGUCACGACGGCUACUUCCAGGGCCCCAAGAUCGAGGAUAGAUCCCCGGAGAGUGCUGCCACCCGAAUUGGCCUGGGGGCAAGACUCCUGCAGUGUCUCACCGCUGAGAAGAUGAGGGAGGCAGGACACGGCAGGAAGACCUUCCAACUCGAGAGGGACUUGGAUGGGGCUGAGUGUCUUGUCAUGCACAGCAUGCUGCACGUCGACAAGGCCAGGGCGAUGAAUCAGAGGGAACUGUGGGAGUUUAUUGGACGUGAACUGAUGACCGGACCUCUGGCGUCGAGGGACAGGAAGUACCUGUCGUUUCUGUCCUGCACGAGGUACAGGGGAUACUCGGCAGGAUCUCCAAGAAUUCCAAGUCACGAGUCGACGUUGGCUAGGACUCAGGGACAUGCAGCAUUGGGCGGGGGUGGACUCGCCUUGUUCGGCUCUGCUUGUUUGCACACGUGGCCCACGUGCCUACCACAGGUUCUCAAGAAAUUCCUGGACUCUACGAUUGUCGACACUGAUCAGCUGAUGGACGACAGCAACUACAGGGGGACUCAUGGGGGAUGUCUAGCCACGACCCUUGGAUCUGUUCUCCACGAGCUCGGGCAUACGUUCGACCUAGGGCACACCCGGGAGGGUAUUAUGGGACGGGGCUUUGAUUACGUUGACAGAGUCUUUGUUGGUGGAACUGGUGUGGACUCCAACAAGAACUCAGUAAGGAGGGAUCCACAGCACACGACAAUUGCCAUCAGCAGGCCACUGAGUGUCACUGUCACAGUUCAAGAGGCCAUCAGCAGCCCCAGGAGAGGGAGAUUGCUCUCGGAGACGUCUAGACCCUCGCAGUCUAGUCCACAUUUGCUGCAGGAGACCGGAAGACACAGUGGGAGGCUCUCGGCUCCAGCUAGUCCAGAGUUGAAUCGAUCGUUCUCCAGGUCUCUGACUCAUCAUCAGACUCCGCUGCCUGACAGAACAUUCUGGGGGACUUCCUGCGCAGCUAUUCUCGCUUAUCACCGGUGGUUCAAUCCAUCGAUUGACAAUUCUUACAGCAGAGAUGUUCAUGAUAAUCGGGACAUCGGGUAUGAUGCCAAGAGAAAUGUCGUGAGAUCGCGAUUUGGGGUUCGAGUGAUGGAGCUUCGUGAGUCAUCAGGCGGAAUGGUAGUGAAUUCUCGACAAUUUCCCGGGUCUCGUCCACCCCUCGAGGCCCUAGUACCUCUUCCACCCCCACACUGUCUCUCCCCAUUAACAAUAUUCGCUGAGGACUCCGUUGGCAACAUUCUAAAGUAUCCACUUCCAACUGCCUUCUGAAAAUCAAAAGUACUCGUAUUACAAUCGACUUAUUAAUCUUCGCAGUUUUUCAUUAUUUUACGAGAGAGACCGAUGUCUACUUGGAACUUACGCUGUGCGUUAUUUCCAUACGAUAUUUUUUUAAAAGAGUUAAUAAUUUUUCUUUUCGCUUCUGGCUUAUGCUUGGGAAUUCACAAGUUACCGAGAUUCGUAUGCAAUGUAUGAAGCCGAGUCGAAGGAUAUAAUUAAUCAAUUAAUCGAAAUUGAUAUUUAAGGAAUGAGUAAUUGCCGAGCAAUUGAUUGGGAAAUGUAUUUUCUUGACAAAAGAUGUCAUGAAGUGAUUUUUCAAAUAAUGUUGCGGGGAAAAUUACACGAAAUGUCAUAAUUAAAGUUUUAAAUGUGUCAAUAUUUUUUCUAUCAAAUGUAUUCAAUUGAAUCGAAGCUAAUUUAAUUCAAUUAAUUUUGUUGCUCUUAAAUUUAUUUUACUUGCGAAAAUAUCGAAUCAUUUUUGGUAAAUUGAAACAAUUUUGGAUGACACAAUUUUAAAUUAUUUAAAAAAUAUUUCUUUUGUUACGACCAAAAAGUCUUCUAAAAAAAGAAUUCAAAUCCUGAUAUUUCUCAAUUUUUUUCCUUUUAUGAAUUUCACUUUUUCAGGUUUUAAAAAAUCAAUUCAAUAUUUCCUCUCAAUAAGAUUCGAAAAAUCGACUAGUUCCACGAAGUUUUCCCACUUCACCACUGAGUUAACCCGAAAAAAAUCUAUAAUCGAUAUAACAAAUCAUGAGGCCUAUUAAUUUUCUAGUACAAACACUUCUAGAAGAACUGAUCGAUUGAAGUGACGCAUUUAAAUUGAAACGACCAAAUGGAAACGACUUCCGAUGGCUACAACUGACGUUUUGCAUGAAUGUUUUUUCGUGUCAUUAUGAAAGUUCAAGGAAUAAUGUUGCACAUAUUUUUUAAAUUUCGGUGAAUAAAAAAAAAUGAGAUUAGCAGCUGGCUGAUUUUUUUGGGGUUAAAAUAAAUUAGAAAAGUACUAUUUUCCUUCUAUUUUCUAUUUUGUUAUUCUAUUCCGAAAAAAAAUUCAUGCUAAAACCCAAUUGCAACAGAGAAACGUGAUAUGACUUCUGCUAGUCCAUAAAAUUGUACAUUACUGAUCACAUGUACAGUAUUAUUUCAUAAAAUUAUUUUAAUAUCAUGAUAACACGACAGACUAGUGAUAGUUGUAUGAAUGACAAUACAGUAUUGUAAUAAUAAUUAAUUGAGGUACGAAAAAAUGAUUAAAAAAAGUAGAAAAAUCGUUGUAAAAUCUUAUUGAAUUUAUACUGAGCUUUCUGUCAGUUUGUGGUCAAAUAGUUAAUGCAAAAUGCGCCCCCUGAUACAUUUUCUGGAUAAAUAAUCUUAGAAAUUGCUCAGUCUAAUUUUCUCAAUUUGUAGUUUUUAAUUUUGGCGUUAAUGGAAACCUAAAAAUUAGAUGAAAGAAAUUUCUAAUAUUGAAUCGAAAAAAUCCUAUGACAAACGUCUGACUGGAGGGAAAUGGCUAGACUUGUGAGCUACAUUGUUGUCUAUUCAAUAUUGUUUAUUGAAAAAGUGCGAAAGACAUCAGUCAUAAUUCAAUAUAAUUUUCCAACAAAUUUCCUACUUUUUUCAAUGAAAUUUUUCGACUAAUCGACUAAUCAAAUGGCUUAUUUGAUUGUAAUUCCAGUGCGAAAUGACUAGUAAACUGCAUUUUCCAUACUUUUGGCACAACAUCAAACGGUUUAAAUACUCUACCUGAGUUACUAUCAUCAUACCAGUGAUUAAUGAAUAAUAAUGUUUGUAUAUCAUUAUAUAAAUAAAUACCAACAUCAUAUUA